CUAACUUUUUCUCGCAGACAGGAAGUGUGAGCAGCAUUUUCCACCGUUCACCUCCAUCAUGGGACCGUCCCUGAAAUAAUCACAGCAGCUCUACAUGCAGUCUGUUCAUGUGUUCAAACAGCGACCCUGAGGAGGCGGACUGCGUCAGUUUAAUACGCCUUCGGUUUAAAGGCUUUAAAAUUGACUUCCUGUCUCCUCCUGCAUGCUGCUGCGGUGCUGUCUCUUUAACUGAAGGGGUCGCGGCCGAUCCUCCGCUCCGCUCAUCAGGGUCCAUUCAUGAAUAAGACAACAUUUGGAGGGGGAAACUUGCGCUGUCGUGUCUGAUUUUUCGCUCCGCCGACCGGAUGCGAGGGGCCGGCAGCAGCCAGAUGUGCUCACCGCUGUCGGGGACACGGCUGAGGGCGCAGGAGUGACUUCCCAUGGCCGAGCCCCCUGCUGAUGGUUUUGACUUCAUGUUGCGAGCAGCAGCCGGAGGAGGAGGAGGCAGCUCGUUCCAGCUCACAGUCAAACAUGCUCGUUUCCUCGCAGAGUUUCGUGAUAUUUACGUGCUUCCGUCCAGACCGAGUCACUCUGGGUUAAAUAGCUCAUUGGUUCCGUCUUCCUUUUUUGUUCCCCUCCUUUUUUUAUCUGCUGAUAAAUGAAAACACACUAGCGCAGCUGUGGACCUGACGUACCGAUGGGGCAGUGAGUUAUGGCAGCGAAGGAGGACCUGUACGCCAAAGUGACACCGCGAAGGCAGCGCCAGAACCGACCCAACACCAUCAAACAUGGCUCUACUUUGGACGUGCUGCUGUCCAUGGGCUUCCCCAGGACCAGGGCGUUGAAAGCUCUGGUUUCGACUGGAGGCAAAAACGUUCAGGCGGCUUGCGACUGGCUGUUCUCCCAUUUGGACGACCCUUUCCUGGAUGAACCUCUGCCCAGAGAGUAUGUGUUGUACCUGCGGCCCAGCGGACCUCUGCUCCAGCAGCUCACACACUUCUGGAAGCAGUCCCGCCUCACCUGCGGGAAGAACAAGGCCCACAACAUCUUCCCUCACAUCACCCUCUGCCAGUUCUUCAUGUGUGCUGAUGAGAAGGUAGAGGCUCUGACGGACGCCUUGCAGACCACCGUGGCCAAAUGGAAAGGUCGCAUCCCCAUGCCUCUGCCUCUGGAGCUCUACAUCUCCUCCAGCUUCAUUGGGCUUUUUGUGGAGGAGCAGAUGGCCGAGGUUCUGAAGAGCUUCGCUGCUGACUUUGCAACAGAGGCGACAUCUAAAGCAGAUGUCCAUGUUGAGCCCCAUAAGAAGCAGCUCCAUGUCACCAUGGCGUACCACUUUAAUGCCAGUCAUCUUCCAGUUCUGGAGAAGUUGGCUAAAAGCAUAGAGGUGACUGCAGGCUGUGAUUGGCUGGCUGUGCUCCUCUCCAGGGAUAUUCGCUUUGCUAACCACGAGCCGCUUCAAGUCAUGUACCCGUAUGUGCCUCAGAACGACGACGAGCUGGAGCUGCUGCAGGGGGACUUCAUCUUCAUGUCUCCAGUGGAGCAGAGCACAGCCAGUGAGGGCUGGCUGUACGGCACUUCGCUGGGCACUGGGUUGUCCGGCCUGCUGCCUGAGAACUACGUGAGCCGUGCCGAUGAGUCAGACACGUGGGUUGUCCAUGGGUCUCACUCCUUUCUCAACUGUGCCUCUCCAUCUACCUCUGGUAGCCCCAUGGGAGGGCUUUUAUUUGAUGGACAGCUAAAUGACAGUCUGCUUGACAGUCUUAUGGAUCCUUCCAGCCUUACUGGCUUCCUUCCUCCUAUGCAGGUAUCGAGGGCGACCGCUCACUCCUCCUCGUCCAAGAUGAGGCUGUUUGUGUGUCGUCAUGGCGAGAGGAUGGACGUGGUGUUUGGCAAACACUGGGUCACCCAGUGUUUUGAUUCCAAAGGUGGAUACAUUCGUUCUAAUCUGAACAUGCCGUGCAGCCUACCAAGCAGGAGCGGAGGUUACCGGGACUAUGAAAAAGACUGUCCGAUUACUGUGUUUGGCUCCACACAGGCCCGUCUAGUAGGUGAAGCCCUGUUGGAAAGCCACACAACAAUAGACUUUGUUUACUGCUCUCCUUCUCUCCGCUGCAUCCAGACUGCUCAGCACAUCUUCCAAGGUCUCCAGCUGGAGGCCAAGACAAAAAUCCGCGUGGAGCCCGGUUUGUUUGAAUGGACCAAAUGGGUUUCCGGCACCAGCCUCCCGGCUUGGAUCCCACCGGCUGACCUAGUGGCCGCAAACCUGAGUGUGGACACAACAUACAAACCUCAUUAUCCUUUAAGCAAACUGACCGUGUCGGAGUCCUACGACACCUACAUCAGCAGGAGCUUCCAAGUGACCAGAGAGAUUCUCACAGAGUGCAAAAGUCUGGGAAGCACGGUCCUGAUUGUGGCCCAUGCUUCCUCCCUGGAGGCCUGCACUCGCCAAAUACAGGGCCUCAGCCCCCAAAACUCAAAGGACUUUGUCCAAGUUGUCCGAAAGAUUCCCUACUUGGGUUUUUGUGCUUGUGAAGAAUUGGGAGAGACAGGCGUGUGGCAGCUGGUCGACCCACCCAUCUUGCCUCUGACACAUGGACCCAAUCACAGUUUCAACUGGAGGGAAAUGCUAAUGCAAGACUGAAGGAUAUGCUGUUAGACUCCCUAUAUUUUGUCAGCUUGAACUGCUGAAACAUUAUUUAUUUUUUCCUUUUACAAUUCUAGAAUUCCAUCCAAACUACCGAAAGGACAAAGAGAAACACAGAGUGGCUUCCAAUGAAAGACAUUAUGCAACAAAAAAAAAAAAAUAUAUAUAUAUAUAUAUAUAAGCCAAUAAAUUGCAGCUAUUGUACUUAGAUGUGACGCUCAGGAAAGAGAAAACCCCAGUCUGUGCUGAGAUCACAGCAAAAGGAAGCUUCAGGUUGGAUGGCAUUUUCUGCCUGUCUCUCUAUAUGGCACUUAUUUACUGAGAGUGUGGAGGUGCUACAGAUGAAAAUUGGACGCUUCCUGAGCGAUGCGAUGAAACAAGAUUUUUAUCUGGAGCUCUGUCUCUGUCUGCGGCCCCUCCUCCAGCAGAGGGGGAAGUGGGUGGUGAAGACUUUGUACUCUGCUGCCUUUUCACACACUGUGACACGCAUUAGUUGAGACACACUUGUUCCACAGAAAUAUUUUUCCACUUGUCAGAAGCUAUUAUUUAACUUGUAGCGACAUCCCCAUUGUAUAGAAGAAGCACAGAAGAAAAGGUCGACAAUCAGACAGGGAAGCACCGGUCUUAAUUGUCUUUGGUUGUUGAUGUCAGCUUUAAAAAAUUUCUAUUAUUUUUGUUCUGGUCCUAUAAAUUUCAUAUCAUUUUAUUCCACUGUUACACUUAUGAUACCAUUUGAACAUUUGGCCCUCUAGUAAAGCCGCUGCCCACACAUCUUAUCAGUUUAUGUGACAAAUAAAAACUUUAAUAUUAAUUUGCAGGAUUAACUGCAUUGCUACUGAUAUGCAGGUGCCUCUACUAAAGUUUUUGCUUGUUAUGUCAUGACCAUACCUGAAACUCUGUUAACCUCAUAGAAACUUUGUUUUUCAAACUCUUGGUGAUUUCUUGUUCUUUUUUUUUCGUUAUAUGAAAUAAUUUUAGUACUCAUUGCUUAAUGCAUCUUUUGCUGUAUGAUUUGAAAUCUGUCAUACUCUAUAAAUUAAUAAAAUACAGUUUUGGAGCUGUUA